AUGCCAGGAGGAAACAAAGAGAUCUGUGAAUCCAACAACUCCUGGAGUGGACAUGCGCUUGAAACCUCAUCACAAGAAGAAAAGCAGAAAGAAAAGAGAAGGAAUAAGUGCCCCAUAUGUUCAAAAACCUUCAGUAAAGAAUCAAACCUUAAGAGACAUCAAAGAAUCCAUACAGGGGAAAGGCGGUAUGGCUGCUCAGAGUGUGGAGAAACUUUUCGUCAGACAUCCAACCUAGUCAGACAUCAGAGAAUCCAUACAGGUGAGAAACCUGUGAAACCAUAUAAAUGCUUGGAAUGUGGGAAAAGCUUCAGCCACCAUGGAAACCUUAUUUCGCAUAAAAAAGUUCACACUGGCGAGAAACCUUAUCAGUGCUUGGAGUGCGGGAAGAGCUUCAAGGUGAGCACAUCCCUCACCUCACACCGGCGACUCCACACAGGAGAGAAACCAUAUCAAUGCUCAGAGUGUGGGAAAAGUUUCAGUCACAGUACAGGCCUUACUUUGCAUCAAAUAAUCCACACAGGGGAGAAACCGUUUAAAUGCCUACAGUGUGGAAAGAACUUCAACCGGAGCACAACUCUUAAUUCUCAUCAAAGAAUCCACACAGGCGAGAAACCUUUUAAAUGCCUGGAGUGUGGGAAGAGUUUCAGUCGGAGCACAACUCUGAAUUCCCAUCAAAGAAUUCACACAGGAGAAAAACCGUAUCAAUGUUCAGAGUGUAGCAAGUGUUUCUGUGCCAAAUCAAGCCUUAAUGAGCAUCAGAGGCUGCACAUGGGAGUGAAACCAUAUAAAUGCUUGGAGUGUGGAAAGAGCUUCCUGUGGAAUACACACCUUAUUAAGCAUCAAAGAAUCCACACUGGGGAGAAACCCCACACAUGCCUGGAGUGUGGGAAGAGCUUUAGUCAGCGUACCACGCUCACUAAUCAUCAGAGAAUCCACACAGGCGAGAAACCAUACAAGUGUUCUGAGUGUGGAAAGAGCUAUCGGUGGAGCACAAGCCUUAUUACUCACAACUGCAUGCACACGGGAGGGUACCAAGUAAACACUGUCAGUGUGGAAAGUGUUUCCAUAGGUUCACAACCCUUAGUUCUCCUCAAAGAAUCUACUCAAGGGAGAAACCUUGUAAGUGUUUGGAGUGUAGAAGGGGCUUCAGUGGGAGAACAGUCCUAA